AGCUGUCCGCGAGACCUAGUGCUGAAGUAGGCGCGGACGUGCCCGGUGCCUAGCGCGUGGUAGCAGGCGCCCAGUGCCCCAGCCGGCGAAGACCAUGGCGUUUAUGGUGAAGACCAUGGUGGGCGGCCAGUUGAAGAACCUCACUGGGAGCCUAGGAGGCGGCGAGGACAAGGGGGAUGGGGACAAGUCGGCAGCGGAAGCUCAGGGCAUGAGCCGGGAGGAGUACGAGGAGUAUCAGAAGCAACUGGUGGAAGAGAAGAUGGAGCGGGAUGCACAGUUCACACAGAGGAAGGCAGAGCGGGCUACACUGCGGAGCCACUUCCGAGACAAAUACCGGCUACCCAAGAACGAGACAGAUGAGAGCCAGAUCCAGAUGGCAGGUGGAGAUGUGGAGCUGCCCCGGGAGCUGGCCAAGAUGAUCGAGGAGGACACAGAGGAGGAGGAGGAGAAGGCCUCAGUCCUUGGGCAGCUAGCCAGCCUUCCUGGCUUGGACCUGGGCUCACUCAAGGACAAGGCCCAGGCCACACUGGGGGACCUCAAGCAAUCAGCUGAGAAGUGUCACGUAAUGUGACCACUUCCCCGGGGUUACCCACUGGGCUGGGCCCCCAUGAGGGCUGAAAGUAUGUCAACUUCCAGAGACCCAUACUCCAUUUGGGGCUUUGUUUUCCUUGCCCCAUCCUAGUUCCAAGACCUUUCCCAUCCAUGCCUCAACCCUAUCUUCUGGUUUUUUCCUCUCUGCUGGGAGCAAAGCCCCCAUCUUCACCUUACUCUUCAGGACCCUCCCCGCCAGCUCAGCCUGUGGAGGCCUCCCAAGAUUGCAGGAAUAUGCCCAUCCCUCUCUGGCCAUGGCCCCAAGUUCCUGCACACAAGAGCACCCACAGAAAGACACACACAGGACACAAAACCCCUGGCACGUUCAGAGACAGAAGCCACAGAUGCAUCCCAGCACACACAGACAUGCACGCACAGGCCAGCUCCCUUGCGUGUCCAGCCCCUCUAGACACCAACACUGAGAUACUCUCAGAGAGAGCUUGGGCAGAUACCCUGGGCAGACAGGAGGCCUGAGUUCCAGUCUCCACCUUUAUUGUUCUUGAAAGCCCCUGCUGUCUCUGAGCCUUAUUUCAUCACCUGUAAAUUGGGAAUGGCCUGAAUGAUUUCUAAGGCUCUUUCUGGUUUGGACUUUCAGAGCCAAGCCCACACCCCUCCUUGGGCAGGGCAGCAGCUACCACCACAGCCUCCAGUGGCUGCCACUGUGAGCUCUGGGAGCCAGAGUGAUGCUGUGUGAGAGGCAGAGUGCCAAGGAUGAAGCUGGCACUGAACAGUAAGCGGCUCCAGGCCUUCUCUGGGCCCAGGGCCCAGCCAAUUUCUGUUCUGUUCCUGUAGAACUUUCUCUGGAUUCCAUAGCUGGAAUCUCCUCUCCUAACUCAGUGAAAAAUAAAAAUCCCAAAUGGUG